CAGCGUGACUGCGCAGCUCGUGCACAGAGAGAGGGGAGCGCCCUGUGUCGGUGCUGAAGGACGGACUCGGGGACCGACACCGGACCGACCGGGACUCCGGCGGACGUGAUUGAAGACAGCAUAAGCCUCGCAGGUAAAGGUGGUGACGAUGAUGUCAGAGCAGCUGGAGCUCAGUGAUGAUGUAGGUGUCCUGCCCCCCCAUGAGGUGGAGCCCCCCAGGGAGGAGGAUGGACCCUGCCCCCUACCCUUCAGGCUGCAGCUGAUCGACGACUUGUCCUACGAAGACGUGAAGAAGUGUUACAGAGAAUCGACUGUCAGCAAAUACAACUCUCAGUACCACAAACUGUUCCAGGCGGUUCCUAAAGAAGAAGUCCUGAUGAAAGCGUAUUCCUGCGCUCUGCUCAGAGACAUCCUGCUGCAGGGGCGACUCUACAUCUCCAGGAACUGGCUGUGUUUCUACGCCAACCUGUUCGGCAAAGACAUCAAGGUGUGCAUCCCGGUGGUGUCGGUCCGGCUGGUGAAGAAGCACAAGACUGCGGGUCUGGUGCCGAACGGCCUCGCCAUCACCAUGGAUACAGGACAGAAGUACGUGUUUGUGUCCCUGCUGUCCCGAGACAGCGUCUACGACGUCCUCAGGAGGAUCUGCACCCACCUGCAGGUGAACGGGAAGAGUCUGAGUCUGAAGCAGUACCUGGAGGAGCCCAGCUCGCUGUCCAUGGACGAGUUUCCAGAGGUGCUGAAAUGGAGACGGAAACCGUCGCUUCCCGCCGUCUCCUCCUCUCUCCCCGAUUUGCUGGGAAACUCCACCCCCAGCCUCGCCACCACCACCACCUUCAGUGCUCACACGCUCACAGACUGCAGCCUGGAGACGGAGAAGAUCCUGCUGACAGAGCCGGUACCUGAACUGGGCCACACAGAGUACCAGCUGCUCAGACUCUUCAUCCUACUAGUCUUCCUGCUGGUCCUGUCGUCCUGCUAUCUGGCCUUCAGGGUUUGUCGUCUGGAGCAGCAGCUCAGCUUCCUGAGCAGCCAGCCGACGCUGAGAGAGAGGUGUGGAGAAGUGCCCUGCUGGCUGGCCAAUCAGAAGACAGGAACCUGAUCCUGCAGCCUGUCAGCGUGUGAGGAGAAAGCCUGCUUUUUAUAGCGUUAGCUGUUGGUGGUGCAGGAGAAGGCUCUCAGGAGGAGGAAGGAGCUUCAUCUGACCCCUGCCAGCACCCGGUUAACAUAGAGAUGUUACAGUAGUCAACACACGCAGCAGACUAACCUUUGACCUCUGGGACAGAAAUGUCGGCGUGUGCAUUCCUGGUCAGUCAAAGGUCCCGAGAACUGAAAAUGUGUUGUGGGAUACCGCACAGAAGUGUUCGACUGUUUUCCAUCACGUCACCAUCAAGGAGGCGUCUGAUUGGCCCACACAUCCAGCCUCGCCUCGCCGUCAGCUGCUAGAAGCUGGAGAAAAGCCCAGAUCCAAGCAUCACGAUCGAGCUCAGACCCUCAUCACAGGACUCAGCCAUAAACUGUAUAUAAAAGACGGACACAGUUACUGUAACGUUUCCCGCCUCCAUGUUGGAGUUUUUAAAGCAGAGAUGCGCCCCCCUGAAUCCCUCCCCCCUCCCCGUGCCCCCUGACUCUGAACGUUGUGUUAAAUUAAACCUGAAAUCAGUGACUGAUGUUUGUGUUUCCUGAAGCCGACUGCCCCCUGCUGGUCAUUAGAAAGAAUGCAGGUGUGAGGGACCGCGUUGACGUCACAGGAUCUGCUGUCUUUUAUGUACAGUCUGUUGGCUCGUCACAUAGCUCAUGUGACCUGGGAAGACGUCGGGAUCCCGAGCUGGAGAAGGAGAACUCGGGUGGACGAACAGCUUACAGAGGCGCGCAAACACCUGAGUCGACCCGUCAGGUGACACCAGAUGAGUAGUUACACGUGUUAGGAAGGUUUCCUGCCAUUAAUCAUCUCCUCAGUGUUACUCAGCAUAGAAGCUCAGGAUUAAUAAACUCUCACAUCACUGCAGCAUUAAUGACAAAAGGUGUUCCUCAUUAUUUUCUAAUAUGCACACAAACAGUAUCUGACGGCUGGAGAACCUCGCUGCUCACCUUUGCAUUCAGAACUGCAGCGACUGAUUUCUCCUUUGAGACACAGCGACUGCACCAUGAUGACAUCACCAUGAUGACAUCACCAUGAUGACAUCACCCUGGAUUGCUGUGUUACAUUAGAGCUGUAGCAUCAAGAUUUGAAUGUUUUUCUUAUCAUGCAGAGAACCCGAAUCCAUCUUUGUUUAAUAGUAUUCGAUCAGGCUGAUUUUUUGUAUGAUGUAUGAUGAAUGUGCACAAAGAUCAGCCGCCAGAGGUGGACGUCUUUUUAAUAAAUCAUGUAAACAAGCUGAAUUUACUAUUAAAGCUGAUAUUUUCAAA